CGGCUAAGGUGGCGAAGCAGCAGCAGCGGCGGCGGCGGCGGCGGCUGGAGUGAGCGCCCGGCCCGCCGCGCCAAGCGAGGUCCUGGGCAGGGCCGCGCGCCGGGCCACGUCCUGCCCCUCAGGCCCGGGGGCGCGCCGGCUGCCGCGCUCCGCCAACUCCCGGUGAUUUCCCAGAAGCAUGAUUGCUUGUUGGACUUGAUCUCAUAGCCUGGUGAGGACUUCUUUACUGAUAAUGUCAAGUUCAGGUUAUCCUCCCAACCAAGGAGCAUUCAGCACAGAACAAAGUCGUUAUCCUCCCCACUCUGUUCAGUACACCUUCCCCAGCACCCGGCAUCAGCAGGAGUUUGCGGUCCCCGACUACCGGUCUCCUCACCUGGAGGUCAGCCCGGCGUCUCAGCUCCUGCAGCAGCAGCAGCAGCUCCGCAGACGGCCGUCCCUGCUGUCCGAGUUUCACCCCGGCUCCGACAGGCCUCAGGAAAGGAGGACUGGAUAUGAACAGUUUCACCCGGGCCCGUCCCCAGUGGACCAUGAUUCGCUGGAAUCCAAGCGGCCACGUCUGGAGCAGGUCUCUGAUGCCCAUUUCCAGCGUGUCAGUGCUGCGGUCUUGCCCUUAGUGCACGCGCUGCCAGAAGGGUUGAGGUCUUCUGCAGAUGCUAAGAAGGACCCAGCAUUUGGAGUCAAACAUGAAGCUCCUUCCUCUCCAAUCUCUGGGCAAUCGUGUGGAGAUGAUCAAAAUGCUUCCCCUUCGAAACUUUCAAAGGAGGAGUUAAUACAGAGCAUGGACCGCGUGGAUCGGGAAAUUGCGAAAGUGGAACAGCAGAUCCUUAAACUGAAAAAGAAGCAACAACAGCUUGAAGAAGAAGCCGCUAAACCUCCAGAGCCCGAGAAGCCUGUGUCCCCGCCUCCCGUGGAGCAGAAACACCGAAGCAUUGUCCAGAUUAUUUACGAUGAGAACCGGAAAAAAGCAGAAGAGGCUCAUAAAAUAUUUGAAGGUCUUGGCCCAAAAGUUGAACUGCCACUCUAUAACCAGCCAUCAGACACCAAGGUGUACCAUGAGAACAUCAAGGCUGGAGUACCUGCAAGGCGCAUGAUGAAAAACCAGGUGAUGAGGAAAAAACUCAUUUUAUUUUUUAAAAGAAGAAAUCAUGCAAGAAAACAAAGGGAACAAAAAAUCUGCCAGCGUUACGAUCAGCUCAUGGAGGCGUGGGAGAAGAAAGUGGACAGAAUGGAAAAUAACCCGCGGAGGAAAGCCAGAGAGAGCAAGACACGGGAGUACUACGAGAAGCAGUUCCCGGAGAUCCGCAAGCAGCGGGAGCAGCAGGAGCGGUUUCAGCGAGUUGGGCAGAGGGGAGCUGGCCUUUCAGCCACCAUCGCUAGGAGUGAACAUGAGAUUUCUGAGAUCAUUGAUGGGCUCUCUGAACAGGAGAAUAAUGAGAAACAAAUGCGACAACUCUCUGUGAUCCCCCCUAUGAUGUUUGAUGCAGAACAAAGACGGGUCAAGUUCAUCAACAUGAAUGGGCUGAUGGAAGAUCCUAUGAAGGUUUACAAAGACAGGCAAUUCAUGAAUGUUUGGACUGACCACGAGAAGGAGAUCUUUAAGGACAAGUUUAUCCAGCAUCCAAAAAACUUUGGACUAAUUGCAUCUUACUUGGAAAGGAAGAGUGUUCCUGAUUGUGUUUUGUAUUACUACUUAACCAAGAAAAAUGAGAAUUAUAAAGCCCUAGUAAGAAGAAACUAUGGAAAACGCCGAGGAAGAAACCAGCAGCAAAUUGCCCGACCCUCACAAGAAGAAAAAGUAGAAGAAAAAGAAGAAGAUAAAGCAGAAAAAACAGAAAAAAAAGAAGAGGAGAAGAAAGAUGAAGAAGAAAAAGAUGAAAAGGAGGACUCUAAGGAAAACCCCAAGGAGAAGGACAAGACCGAUGGUGCGGCAGAAGAGACUGAGGAGAGGGAGCAGGCCAUGCCCCGGGGGCGGAAGACGGCCAACAGUCAGGGCCGCCGCAAGGGCCGGGUCACCAGGUCCAUGACCAACGAGGCUGCCGCUGCCAGCGCUGCAGCCGCCGCGGCCACCGAGGAGCCCCCGCCGCCUCUGCCACCGCCACCAGAGCCCAUCUCUGCGGAACCUGUAGAAACCUCUCGGUGGACAGAAGAGGAGAUGGAAGUUGCUAAGAAAGGUCUAGUAGAACAUGGUCGUAACUGGGCAGCAAUUGCCAAAAUGGUGGGGACUAAAAGUGAAGCCCAGUGCAAAAACUUCUAUUUCAACUAUAAAAGGCGACAUAACCUUGACAACCUCUUGCAGCAGCAUAAACAGAAAGCCUCACGGAAGCCUCGUGAAGAGCGAGACGUGUCUCAGUGUGAGAGUGUAGCUUCCACUGUUUCUGCUCAGGAGGACGAAGAUAUUGAAGCCUCCAAUGAAGAGGAGAAUCCAGAGGACAGUGAAGGUGCUGAAAAUAGUUCUGAUACAGAAAGUGCUCCUUCUCCUUCACCAGUUGAAGCUGUCAAGCCCGGCGAGGACAGCACUGAGCACGCGGCUCCUCGAGGGGACGCCGAGCCCGAGGCCGCCCCCGACCCCGCGCCCGGCGCGCCCCCCGCCCCGGCGGCCCCCGGCGCCGCGCCCGCCCCGGACCAGAGCGCAGAGGCCCCGGCGCCGGGCGGUGCGCAGACGGCGGAGCCGAUGGACGUGGAGCGCGGGCCCGAGUCCAACCCCCCGGCGGCCGCGCAGGCGGACUGUGUGGACGUAGAGAUGCGGGCGCCGGCGGACGGCCCGCCCGGAGUGGAGGGCGACGCCGGGGGGCGAGACGCGGAGCCCGAGAGGAGCGGCGAGCGGCCGGAGCCCGGCGCCGACGAGCUGGGGGCAGCCCCGCGCACCAGCGCCCCGGGCCCCGAGCCCGCGUCCGACCACGACUCCAGCGCCACGUGCAGCGCCGACGAGGACGUGGACGCCGAGCCCGAGCGGCAGCGAAUUUUUCCCAUGGACUCAAAGCCUUCACUGUUAAACCCCACUGGAUCUAUACUGGUUUCGUCCCCAAUAAAACCAAAUCCACUGGACCUGCCCCAGCUUCAGCACCGGGCUGCUGUUAUCCCGCCGAUGGUUUCCUGCGCCCCGUGUAGCAUGCCCGUCGGGGCCCCCGUGAGUGGCUAUGCGCUCUACCAGCGGCACAUCAAAGCCGUGCACGAGUCUGCGCUCCUGGAGGAGCAGCGGCAGAGGCAGGAGCAGAUGGAUUUGGAGUGCAGGGGCCCUGCCAGUCCCUGCGGCACCUCCAAGAGUCCCGGCAGAGAGUGGGAAGGAAGAUCAGUCGCCUAUAUGCCUUAUGCUGAGGUCAAACGUGCCCUAGAGCAGGAAGCGCGGAUGCGCGGUGCCGCAGCAGGGCCAGCAUCGCCGCGUAGGCUCUCCCCGAGAGAAGGCAGUAGAGCCGCGCCCCCGCCCGCAGUGAGCGCAGCCCGCUCUAGUGCCCCGCCAGCCCUGCAGCCGGCGCCGCAUCAGGUGAUGACUGGCCUCCCUGAAGGGGUCCGCCUUCCGACAGCGCGGCCCACCCGGCCACCGCCGCCUCUCAUCCCUUCGUCCAAAACCGCCGUGGCUUCAGAAAAGCCAUCGUUCAUCCUGGGAGGCUCCAUCUCACAGGGGACACCCGGCGCUUACUUGCCUUCUCCUAACCAGGCGUCCUACGCCCCAGAGGCAGCCAAGCCCUCGGCAGGCUCCAUCUCGCUGGGACUGCCGCGCCAGCAGGAGGCCGCCAAGCCAGCUCCUGUGCCCUACAUCAAACAGGAAGAAUUUUCUCCCCGAAGCCAGAACUCACAGCCUGAGGGCUUACUGGUCAGAGCCCAGCACGAAGGAGUGGUCAGAGGUACCACGGGAGCCAUUCAGGAGGGCAGUAUAACUCGGGGAACCCCAGCCAGCAAACUUCCUGUGGAGGGCGUCCCGUCCCUCCGGGGCUCCAUCACCCAGGGGACCCCGGCUCUGUCCCAGGCUGGCAUCCCAACCGAGGCUUUGGUGAAGGGGCCCAUUUCUAGACUGUCUGUUGAAGAGGGCGGUCCGGAGAAGGGCCGAGAGGAAGCUGCAUCCAAAGGCCACGUCAUCUAUGAGGGCAAGAGCGGACACAUCUUGUCCUAUGACAGCCUUGGGCUCCCUGAGCAGCUCCUGUGUCUACGUCCUGCAGAUAUUAAGAAUGCCCGAGAAGGGGCAAGGAGCCCUAGGACAGCGCACGAAAUCAGCCUGAAAAGAAGCUACGACUCAGUGGAAGGAGCUCUGAAGCCAGGGUUGUCCGUGAGGGAGUCUCCCGUGUCAGCACCGCUAGAGGGGCUGAUAUGCCGGGCGCUACCCAGGGGGAGCCCUCACGCGGACCUCAAGGAGAGGACUGUGCUGUCUGGGUCCAUAAUGCAGGGCACACCAAGAGCGACCAGUGAGAGCUUUGAAGACGGCCUUAAGUACCCCAAGCAGAUUAAACGGGAGAGCCCGCCCAUUCGCGCGUUCGAAGGCGCCAUCAGCAAAGGGAAGCCUUACGACGGCAUCACCACCAUCAAAGAGAUGGGGCGCUCGGUGCAUGAGAUCCCGCGGCAGGACGCGGCUGCUCCGGAGAGCCGGAAGACCCCAGAGGGGGUCCCGGGCACCAGGCCCAUCGUCGAGGGCUCCAUCUCCCAGGGCACCCCCAUCAAGUUUGACAGCAGCUCGGGUCCGUCUGCCAUCAAGCACAACGUCAAGUCCCUGAUCACGGGGCCUAGCAAGCUGCCGCGUGGGAUGCCUCCGCUGGAAAUCAUGCCAGAGAGCGUGAAAGCAGCCGAGCGGGGCAAGUACGAGGACAUGAAGGCGGGGGAGCCCGUGCGCUCCCGGCACACGUCGGUGGUGAGCUCCGGCCCCUCGGUCCUGCGGUCCACGCUGCACGAGGCCCCCAAAGCGCAGCUGAGCCCGGGGCUUUACGAGGACGCCAGCGCACGGCGCACGCCCGGCAGUUACGCCAGCACCGUGUCCAGAGGCUCCCCCAUGCUGAGCAGAGCCCCCGAUGUUACGAUUUCUUCUAGCAAGUCCAGCAGUCACGAGAGAAAAUCCACCCUGACGCCCACCCAGAGGGAGAGCAUCGCCGCCAAGUCCCCGGUGCCGGGGGUGGACCCCGCGGUCAGCCACAGCCCCUUCGAGCCCCACCACAGGGCCGGCGCGCCCGGGGAGGUGUAUCGCAGCCACCUCCCCACACAUCUGGACCCAGCCCUGCCGUUCCACCGUGCUCUGGACCCUGCAGCUGCCGCGUACCUGUUUCAGAGACAGCUGUCGCCCACUCCCGGCUACCCGAGCCAGUACCAGCUGUAUGCGAUGGAGAACACGAGGCAGACCAUCCUGAACGACUACAUCACCUCGCAGCAGAUGCAAGUGAACCUGCGCCCCGACGUGGCCAGAGGGCUCUCCCCGCGGGAGCAGCAGCUGAGCCUCCCGUACCCGGCCGCCAGGGGAAUCAUUGACCUGACCAACAUGCCUCCAGCAAUUUUAGUGCCUCAUCCAGGGGGAACAACUACGCCUCCCAUGGACAGAAUCACGUACAUCCCCGGCACCCAGAUCACCUUCCCCCCCAGGCCGUACAACUCGGCAUCCCUGUCUCCAGGACACUCGACACACCUUGCUGCGGCGGCAAGCGCCGAGCGGGAGAAGGAGCGGGAGCGCCUGGCCGCGGCCCCCUCGGACCUGUACCUGCGGCCAGGCUCCGAGCAGCCCGGCCGACCCGGCAGCCACGGCUACGUCCGCUCCCCGUCCCCUUCGGUCAGAGCUCAGGAGCCCGUGUUGCAGCAGAGACCCAGCGUCUUCCAGGGAACCAACGGAACCAGCGUGAUCACACCUUUGGACCCGAGCGCUCAGCUGCGAAUCAUGCCGCUGCCUGCCGGGGGCCCUUCCAUCAGCCAGGGCCUGCCGGCCUCGCGUUACAACACGGCUGCGGACGCCCUGGCUGCCCUGGUGGACGCCGCAGCUUCUGCCCCCCAGAUGGACGUGUCCAAAACGAAAGAGAGUAAGCACGAAGCCGCCAGGUUGGAAGAAACUUUGCGCAGCAGGUCAGCCGCAGUCAGUGAGCAGCAGCUAGAGAAGGGCACGGAGGCGGAGAAGCGAGCCGGGCAGUGUGCGUGCGCCUCCGCUCCCCCGCCGGGUGGCAGGCCCCAGCCUCACCCUGCGGUGGUUCACCCUGAGGCUGGGAAGGAGAAGGGGCCUCCUCCCAAGUCCCGAUACGAGGAGGAGCUCAGGACCCGAGGAAAGACCACCAUUACCGCAGCCAACUUCAUAGACGUGAUCAUCACCCGGCAGAUCGCCUCGGACAAGGACGGCAGGGAACGCGGCCCCCAGAGCUCAGACUCUUCCGGCAGCUUGCCUUCUCACCGGUAUGAAGCCCCGAGCGACGCCAUCGAGGUGAUAAGCCCGGCCAGCUCCCCCGCGCCGCCGCCGCCCGAGGGGCUGCCGGGCUGCCCGCCCGAGCGGGGGAGGGCCAGCCAGCCGGAAGGCGAGGCCACCAGACAGUACGAAGGACCAUCACACCACUACCGCCCGCAGCAGGGAUCGCCGUCCCCGCAGCAGCCGCCCCCGUCUUCCCAGGCCGAGGGGGUGGGGCAGGUGCCCCGGACACACCGACUCAUCACACUCGCCGACCACAUCUGCCAAAUUAUCACACAAGAUUUUGCUAGAAAUCAAGUUUCCUCGCAGCCUCCCCAGCAGCCCCCCACCUCCACAUUCCAGAACUCACCGUCUGCACUGGUGUCGACACCUGUGAGGACUAAAGCGUCAAACCGUUACAGCCCGGAAUCCCAGUCCCAGUCUGCUCACCAUCAAAGACCAGGUUCACGGGUCUCUCCAGAGAACCUCGUGGACAAGUCGAGGGGCAGCCUCAGGCCUGGGAAGUCCCCAGAGAGGAGUCACAUCUCUUCGGAUCCCUACGAGCCCAUCUCCCCGCCGCAGGGCCCGGCCGUGCACGAGAAGCAGGAGGGAGUGCUGCUGCUGGCCCCGCGGGGGCCUGAGCCCGCCGAGCAGAGGAACGAUUCCCGCUCCCCGGGGAGUAUCAGCUAUUUGCCUUCAUUCUUCACCAAGCUUGAAAACACGUCACCCAUGGUUAAAUCAAAGAAGCAGGAGAUUUUUCGUAAGUUGAACUCCUCUGGUGGAGGUGACUCUGAUAUGGCAGCUGCUCAGCCAGGAACCGAGAUCUUUAAUCUGCCCGCAGUCACCACCUCAGGCGCGGUGAGCUCCCGGGGCCACUCCUUUGCGGACCCCGCCAGCAACCUCGGGCUGGAGGACAUCAUCCGGAAGGCGCUCAUGGGGAGCUUUGACGACAAAGUUGAGGAUCACGGGGUCGUCAUGUCCCAGCCCGUGGGCAUCGUGCCUGGUGGGGCCAGCACCCCGGUUGUGACCGGUGGUGAGGCCCGGAGGGAGGAAGGGGACCUGUCACCUCACUCAGGAGUUUGCAAACCAAAGCUGAUCAGCAAGUCAAACAGCAGGAAAUCUAAGUCUCCCAUCCCUGGGCAAGGCUACUUAGGAACUGAGCGGCCCUCGUCCGUGUCCUCUGUGCACUCAGAAGGGGAUUACCACAGGCAGACGCCGGGGUGGGCCUGGGAGGACAGGCCCUCCUCCACAGGCUCCACGCAGUUCCCCUACAACCCGCUGACCAUGCGCAUGCUCAGCAGCACGCCGCCCGCGCCCCUGGCCUGCGCGCCCGCCGCCGCCAGCCCCGCCGCGCCGCACCAGCAGAGCCGCGUCUGGGAGCGUGAGCCCGCCCCGCUGCUCUCCGCGCAGUACGAGACGCUGUCCGACAGCGACGACUGACCUGCGGGCUGGCGUCGGGGAGGGAGCUCGAGUUCCUGGCCGGCUCCUCUCACGCUGCGGGUCGGAAGCCUGCCCUCCUAGGACUCGUGCCCAGAGACGUGUCAGGAGAGCCUGGACCACGGGUGAAGAGGGCAGAAUGGAAAUGUAUUUGGAGUCAAAUGUGGGGGAAGCUGCCCUGACGCAGGCAUUUCAGUGGAUUAUAAUAGUGGUUGGUUGAAAUGUAGAGUUUUUAAAAAGCAGACAACUCCUGUUCCUACGUCUGUUUGUAAAGAAAACCGUGUCUAAAUCACUCUUCUGUAAAUAGAGGACCUUUUUGCAGUGUCUCCCCUUGCCGCAGCGUCUGUGUACUUACGUUCCAAUCAGCGCAUCACCUUUGGAGGUGAUUUUUUAAACCUUCUCGACUGUCUUUUUAAUGACCUUGCCUUCUCAACAACCUCACGCAGCCCAGCCACAAGCUGCUGGCUGUCACGGGCAUUGUACUUUUACCCGAUUCUGUUUCCUCUAAACUCAAGAUUCCCAGCGAUGUUUAAAAUCUUGUGGAAAUGUUUAGAUUUUUAACACAGACCCUGUCUUAAAAUCUGUACAUUAACAUUAGGGUCAAAAGGAGAAACAAAAUUCUGCCAUAUUGUAAAUUUACAGUGCAGGCUUUAAUUUUUUUAAAUUAGUAGCACUGAAAAAACAGUACUGCAUGGGUAUGUUAUAGUUCAGUUUUUAACGUUUUAAAGGCUUACCUCACUGUGAUGCACACUGGUAAUUAACCACACCCCGUAUUCUUUUUCUCCUGCAUCUGAUGCAGCCCAACAAAGCUUCUGUUUCAAAAUAAACCUGACUGCCCUGUCA